UUCUUCCUCCUCCUCUGGCUCACACUCGCACUCACACUCGCUCCACCCAUCGGAGCUCCCGAAGGGAGUGCAUCCGGCCAGCCAUGGCGAUCGACGAGCCCAUCAAAAGGAAGAGAGGGACUCCAGCGGGUGAUCCCCACUCUGCCAAGUCCAAGAUGCGGCAGAAGAUGGUCCAUCCAAGGCACGCUUUGCUUGAUGAACGCAGCAGCAGGCACGGCGACGACGAUGAUUUUGACCCGAUGGGGAAGGGAGGGACGCCGGCGGGUGAUUCCCCCCAUUCUGCCAGGACCAAGAUGGGCCACAAGAUGUCAUUGGCGCAUCGAAGGCUCUCUUUUCUUGAUGAUGGCAGUGGCAUCAGUAGGCAUAUCGCUGCUGCGGCAGCUGCGGCUGAUGAUGAUGGUGGUGCUUUUGAGCUGAUGUUCGCUGUUGAUGUUCCUCAGAAGAAUACGCCAGUUGAUGACAGCGAUGACGACUUUGUUCCAUUGAUCAUGAUGAGAACCAAGAAUGUGAAGAGUGGGCGUGGAAAGCAUCCCGGCUUUCAAUAUAAACACAAAGCCCGGAGAACUAUCACUAAAACUUAUAAAAGGAAUAAGACAGAGAAUCCAGCACGUUCCAAGAGACAUGGCAAGAGAAAGCUAGAGAAGAAGCCAAUGUUGGUUGACAACAACAACAUUAGUAAGAGCAAUAAAGGCACGGAUGCUGAUGUUGAGCCAGAGAUACCUGAUGAUGAUGGCCGGAAGAAAUAUGCAAGUGUUUUUGGCUUCUAUGGCAGUGCUUUGGACAGAGCUUUAGAGGUAGAAAACAAAUUGCCAGCAGAAGGUCCAAGCUUCGUCAAGCUUAUGCAGAAAUCGCAUGUUGUUAAAGGUUUUUGGCUGGGUGUCCCGCUCAACUUUUGCGGAGAGCAUCUUCCAAAGCAUGAUGUUACAAUUGUAUUAGAAGAUGAGGAUGGACAUGGGUUUGAUACAAAUUACCUAGCUCGCAAGCAGGGCCUAAGUGGUGGGUGGCAUGGGUUUGUGGUACGCCAUGGUCUUAUGGUCGGCGAUGCCGUGAUCUUUCAACUUGUGGGACCGAAAAGAUUUAAGGUGUAUAUACUGAGAGAGAAUAAGUUCACCACAACCGAUGGACCGCUCGGUCUCCUGAGUUUGGACACGUCCAUGGAAAACAACAUACUCGAAGAAACUUCGUAUGAAGAUGUCAAGUCCAAGAAGGAUCUAGAGCUCACCAAAGUCAUCACCAACAAAGCGUCGGACAACGAUAGCAAUGACCUCUUUAGUGAAGAAGCGGUAAAUGGUGGCAUCAGAUCAGCAGCAGAUCCAGACCCUGAUUUCGACGCCGUGAAAACAUUCAGAGCCUUCAAGACCGUCGUCGACAGUUCUGUCAUUGACCGCAAACUAGUCCCCGAUCACCAGCUUUGGAGGUACUACAAGCUAUGCGGCGCCCGGAAAGCGUUCCUCCACAGGCGUCUGCCAAAGCACAUAAACCCGACGCUAGCCACAGGGGUGAUAGCAGAGACCGCCAGCAUCGCCAAGGGCAUCAGGUCCUACCCCACCACCUCCUCCUCUUCCUUCGAGGACCUCGCGGCGUGGAAGAAGACCCUAGAGUCCUUUGAGCUGCUGGGCAUGGACGUCAGCUUCAUGCGCAAGCGUGUCGACGAGCUCCUUUUCCUCCUCGACGCCAGCCCAUCGGAUGAUCACCCGUCUGAGGGGUACGAGGAGGCGAUGAAGCUGGAGCGUGCUCGUGCCACGGAGAAGGUGAGGGCCCUCGAGUCAAAGAUGGCUAGCCUGAAGGAUGCUCUCAAGGAGAUGGACAUGGAGAUGGAGGAGAUCGCGGGGGAGAAGAGGGGCCAUGCUGAUGCUAUGCUGCAGCUGGCGGCCGCGCCAUGGUGAUCGGUGAUUCGACGCUGUCUUGUGUCCUAUGUGCGCAUUUUGGUGGCUGGCUGGCAUCUCUUUCAGCUCAUCACACUUGGUCGACCUAUAUAUGUGUCUAGUUCUAGUUGGUUCUCUGUACAUACAUACAGCAACGUACUACUGGCCACUGUUUUGGGUACCGCUCGAAAUUUCGUGAUCCCGAGCGGUUACCGCGUUUACCGCUACCCCACGAAAAACACUCACCUAGUGGGUUUUGUGUCGAAUUCAAAUUCGAGUUUUUUUGAAAA